AUGACAGACCAUUUCUUCGAAGGUGCAGAAAAAUUAUUAGAAAUCUGGUUUGACACAAGUGAAACUAAGUUAACAACAAGAAACGAUUUGAGACAUAUACCACGUGAUGCAAUCGAAGAGGUAUUAAAUCUGGUUAAUUGCAAAGUAUUACGGUUCGCACAAUCAAAAGAAGUGGAUACAUAUGUACUCAGUGAAAGUAGUGCAUUUAUCUGGAAAACUCAUCUUGUUUUAAAAACGUGUGGAGCAACAACUCUUCUAGCUGCGGUUCAACCUAUAUUAGAGUUGGCUCGUGAAUACGCUGGUCUUGAUAUGGUUGAUCAAAUAUUCUAUAGUAGACGAAAAUUUUUACGCUCUGAUCUGCAAAAAGGCCCACAUUCAAAUUUCGAAAACGAGGUGGCAUAUCUUGAUUCUUUAUUUGAAGGAGGUUGUGCCUAUGUUUUGGGCCGUGUUAAUCGUGAUUGCUGGUAUUUGUAUACACUCGAUAAACCAUGUGAGCGUAAAAAGUUAGAUCAAACAUUAGAAGUUAUAAUGACUGAUCUUGAUCCAGAAAUUAUGAAAAUAUUUUAUCAAGAUAAUACAACGUCGGCAACAGAAGCUACAAAGAAAAUCGGUAUAGAUAAAAUAUUUCCAAAUGCUAAAAUAUAUGAUUAUUUAUUUGAACCAUGCGGCUAUUCGAUGAAUGGCUUGAUGCCUGAUGGUUAUUAUUUUACAAUUCAUAUAACGCCAGAACCGGAAUUUUCCUAUGUUAGCUUUGAAACAAAUGCACCAUAUUCAUUAUACAAUGAUUUAAUUCGAAAAGUAGUUGAAAUGUUUAAUCCUGGCAAAUUUACAACAACAAUGUUUGGUGUUUCGGCUGCAAAUAGUUUGGAUUUACAACGUAAAUAUUUUCAUUAUACCGAUUAUACUCGUACUGAUUAUCAAAUUGUGUGCUUAACCGAUUAUGAUCUUAUCUAUGGUUAUUAUAAAAAGACAUUGCGCUAG